UAUUGCAACUGAGCACGCAGUGAUCUUCAGCGGAACCAGCUGUACAGGCGUGCCUCGAUCUUCGAUAAAGUUUUCGACGAAAGCGAUUCCUUUAAUUACAAAUAAUGGCGUUAAAGCUAGUUAUAGCCUCUCCGAAGCUCACCGGACCUGCUAAGCUGGUGCAUGAUCCGAAGGAUACUAUGCUGAACUCACUGGACGAGGCAAUGCAAAAGAUCUCCAACAUCUAUAUGCAAGCUCUUAUAUCUGGAACACAUACACCUGAGCUGGAGAUCUCUUUGCGGGGCCUGGAAAUGGAAUUAUUUGAGCUGCUCGAUCAGCUGUACAAGCAGCAUCGUCUAAAGGACUACAUGAACUAUGAGUCGGAAGUGACGCGACAAAUGAUCAUCUAUAAUAUGCUCAAGAGAUUGUUUGGCUACGAGAAAACAGAGUAAAACUAGAGAUCAAUAAAUUGAUUUGCAUCCUUUGGCUGUCUACAA